AUGAGUGAAAAGAAGAGAAAGAGACAAGAGCAGAAUGGCCAACGGCCGAAGAAGAAGACGGCCGUUGCGCCGACGGGAAAUGUCCGCGUCAAGAUGGUAGAGAAUAAAGAGACUCUGGGUCCGCUUCUAGCUGUCACACCCGGUCUCAGCAUCCCAUCGAAGAUAUCCUUCAACCCGUACAAGCGCACCAAGAUCCGACCACAAGGCGAGGAAACCGAAAUGCUGUUCCAAUCAUCCGGCCACCCUCGUUUAGAUUACAUCGCACAGGAAGAGCAUGAUGGAAGCGCCGAGAGCCAGCUACAAGACUACAUCGGCGUAUUCGACCCUGCGACAAGCAAGCUACAGAUCGUCCCAGUCAAGAGAGUUGUCGUACGAAGCACACUGCGAAGCGAAGCACAAGAAAUGCGCGAGGAGCAGGAGGCGUUGGAUGCGGCACAAAACACUGUCAUGGCAAAGAGAGCUGCUCUCGCAGCAGAGUUCGGAUCUAAGAAGUCGAGGAAGGCACUUGAAGACCGGACGCUCAACGCCAUCAAGAGCGGAACUGGUGCCGAGGACGCAGCGAGAACCGAUGCAGUUGCCGAGAACGUGCUGCAGCAAAUGUCCUCUGCGACAGCGGUCAUGCCGAACAAGGACGAUCUCGCAGCAGCCGUGGACAGCUCCAAGCCUCGACCGACACCCAACCUUGCAGCCGAAUACCCAGCCGAUGUUUACCCUACGGAUGUUGUGAUUGGAAGCGAUCUCAUGACCAUGCUCGAUGUCCAGGACUGGGUUCAAAAAUCAUCAGUCGGCGAGGGUGUCAGCGUGGCCAGUAAAUACGUUGCUAAGCGCAUCGUAAAGCUUGCCAAGAACAAACAGAUACAGAAGUUGAAGGCCCUGCGAUUCAUACUGCUUUGCAUCAACUUCAACUCCGCAUUGAUCGGAGGAGGUGGACCUCGGCCGAAGAAGAUCCCCAUGAAGGGAAAAUUGGAGGAAGCGAUGGGUGAGGACACGCCUGCGGGUCAACUCAUGGCCAUCAGGAGGAAGUUUGCCCCCGAGGGGUAA